GAGAAGAGACUAGUAGCCUCAGUGUGGUAAAAAACCAGACGGUAAAUAAAUAAAAAGUUACAUUCCAUUAUAUCAUUACCUACUUAAUGUGGGUUUGUCUGUUAUUUUAUUAAUAUAUGUGGUGCCAUUUAAUUAAUUAAUCCUGUCUGAUGCAGAUGUGUUUUGUAAAAAAUACUUAACAACAGCGUUUCGGCUAAAGUUAAUAUCAACAAAUUGGAAAUUUUAUGAGUUACUUAAAUUCCCUUCAGAAAAGUGGUGAUGAAAGUGAAUCAAUUUAUUAAAUAAAUUAUAAUCACUAAUAUAUUAAAAUGAUAGAUGUUAAAACGAAGAUUUGUUCGUUCUUCAUAUUUAAUUCUAAUUAUGGGCCUAAGGAAGGCGAAGAAUUAAAAAAGAUAUUAUACUACCACCCGAGCCAAACUGCAAGUGAUGCUCGUAAGAAUCAGGUUGGAUUGUGCGAAGCAGUGGUGAAAUUUAUGUCUACAUUUUCAUCAGAGCCCUGUGAAGCACUCCAAACCCAAACAAAACGUUACAUCUUCUACCAACCUGAAAAGGGCUAUUGGAUGGUUUUGGUGGUGAGAAUACCUUAUACCACUAAAGCUUUGUCAGCUAUUGGGGAGACACAAGGAGAAGUGGUAGAUCCAUCGAUAAUGAACAAUAUACUUGUGUCAUCAUACAAGAUGUUCCAAAUGUUUAUGGGACUAUUCAAAGACAUUUCUAUUGAAGAAAUAUAUACCACUUGUGAAGAAUUCUUUACACCGUACAUUCUAUCAACAAAUCUCAAGAAUGAUAUGUCAGAUGUUAUACAAGGAAUUCAAUAUUUACCAUUAGACAAGAAUUCAUUCUUCAGAGUAGUGUGUUUUAUUGAUUUACUAGAAGUUAAUUAUCCUGACUUUAAAUGCAUCUCUUUUGUCUACAACGACCAGCUUAUAUGGAAUGCCCUCUCAAAUGAAGACAUGCUCACAUUGUACAAGUAUUUAGUUCAAACUUUGCUCCCAAAACAAGUAGAAAAGGAAAUACACGGAGACGCAGUGACUGCCGCCCAAAAACACGGCAGAUUCAUCAGUCCAGCUGAAGGAAUUCGCAAUAAAGAAGACCUCAAUAAACUGGUCAAAGUCUUCCUGAUGCGGGAAGAGGACACAGAGACUAGGCAGUAUUACUUGGUGGUUUAUAGAACUCUGAGCGCUACCAUUUCUUUUAGUAUUGAUGUAAACACGACCCUGGAUAUUGAGACAUUCCGGUCUCUGGACGCGUUCAUGGGUCCGCAGCUGUACAGCAUAGCUUCGUCGAUAAGUGAGACAUGCACACUUCAUGCAUUACAGACGGCCCAUCUUGCAAGCGACCACAAAUUCGUCUACUUCAAUAGGCUCAAUUUAGCGUUCAAAACGUCUCCGCCCACAAACAAAUUAGUUCCAUCGGCGGCGGUCAAACCAGAGGUAUUGAGUACGAUAGCAGGCAUACAUUGUGACAGGAAAAGUCUAGGCAAAUAUGGAGAAAUCAUAAUUAAAAUACCUGAUGAAUAUUGGGUCACGGGGAAAAUAUCAAAUGAGAGAGAGUUUUACGUAGUUAUUCAAGAAAAGAAUGCGACUCUAAAGGAAAUAUCUGAUGAAGUCAAACGAAUAUGUGAAUCGCAAAUGAAAGGUGUUUUCUUUUACCCUAUUUGAAAAUGUUAUUGCUGUUGAUUGUGAUCAAGACUGUAUGUAUUCAAAUAAUUGCCAAUCUCUUGAACUUCUUAAUAAUUUAAAACCUUUUCGACUGUCGAAUUGGUACUAUUUGAUAGUGUUUGAAUUCAUAAACAAUUAUACAAAGCUACAUACCCUAUUGUUAAUACUAUAAAGGCAGGCCUUUUUUUGUGUCAAAU